AUGGGGACACUGCAGGUGCUGGUGCUGCUGCUGGGCCUGGUGGGGUGCCCCACUGCCCGGGGGGGCGAGCCCGGGACGCUGCACAUCACUGGCAUGUGGGUGACGGUGCCGCGGCAGUUGAGCCCCCGUGCCGACACCAACCCCCUGACCGUUUCCUACUGGCUGGAGGUGGACGGGCGGCCGCGGAUCCUGCGCCUGCGGCCCAGGAGGGGCCUGGUCUCCCGGCCCUUCACCUUGGUCACCUAUGGCGAGGAUGGGGCACGCUGGGAGGAGCACCCCUUCGUGCAGGACAACUGCUUCUACCAGGGAGAGGUACAGGGAAGCCCCGGCUCCCUGGUGGCCCUUGGCACCUGUGGCAGGGGCCUCCGUGGAGUGCUGUGGGUGGAAGGUGGCACCUACGAGAUUGAGCCCAUCCCCGACGAUCCGUCUUUUCGGCACGUCCUCUACCGCAUGGAGGCAGCUGACAACCCCAUGGGCCCCACGUGUGGGCUGACCCCAGAGGAACUGCAGCACCAAAAGGCUUUGCUGCCAUGGCUCCAGGCCCCCUUGGUGGAAGAGGAGUACAUGCUGAAGGAAUGGUGGACGCACAUCAGGUAUGCAAAGAUAGUAGUGGUCGUGGACAACGUGCGGUUUGUGAGGUCGGGCAGGAAUGAAUCCGAAGUCUUGAGGCAAGUCAUAGAAGUCAUCAAUAUUGGGGACUCUCUGUAUGAACAGCUUUCCGUUCAACUGUUCCUCGUGGGACUGGAGAUCUGGACCAAAAGUAAUUUUAUAAACAUUACUAACUCUGUAAACAAGGCACUUGGAGACUUUAACAAAUGGCGAAAAUCAGACCUGUAUCCACGGAUGCGCCACGAUACCGCUCACUUAUUUGCAUAUCAGAGCUUUGGAAAAAGCCUGGGGUUGGCAUUUCUGGCGUCCAUGUGUGAUAGCCAGUGGUCAGCAGCAGUUGAUUCCUUCACCAACAGGAAGUUGUCCUCGUUUAUUAUCACGUUUGUCCAUGAGCUGGGCCAUAAUCUUGGGAUGCGCCAUGACGAACCGUUCUGCAAAUGUAGGCGGAAGAAAUGCAUUAUGUAUGAAAGCGAAGUUGACACCGAUGCGUUCAGUGACUGCAGUUACAAAAACUACUUUGACUUUCUUGGGAGUGGUGCUGGCUGCUUGCGUCAGCCACCGGCACCUGGCAGCUACUACACCUUGAAGCGUGAAUACUGUGGGAAUAAGAUAGUAGAAAGCGGAGAGCAAUGUGACUGUGGUUCACGGUCAAACUGCAGAAAGGAUCCUUGCUGUCACCCUAACUGUACAUUUACUGCAGGUUCCGUUUGUGCUUCUGGAAAAUGUUGCAAGGGCUGUCAGGUCCGUCCAGCAGGAACACUGUGCAGAGCAAGUACUGGCGUCUGCGACCUGCCAGAGUACUGCAACGGGACUUCCCCGUGGUGCCAGCCAGACUUAUACGUACAAGAUGGAACCCCUUGCAAAGAUGGUUCCUAUUGCUAUCGAGGAAAAUGUUCUUCCCACAGUGAACAAUGCAAGCAUCUCUUUGGCAAACAAGCCAGGGUUGCUCCUUUAGAUUGUUUCAAAGUGAAUACUCUAGGUGACCGGUUUGGAAAUUGUGGUAUUCGUAACAAUAUUCAUUUUAUAAAAUGCAGUGUUGAGGAUAUGUUAUGUGGUAGGAUACAGUGUGAAAACAUACACAGGUUGCCUUUUUUGCAAAACCACAUAACGGUAGUCCAAACCCCUGCUGAAGGUAAAAAGUGUUGGGGUCUUGACUACCACAUAGGGAUGGCUACAGCUGACCUAGGGGCUGUGGAAGAUGGCACGCCAUGUGGUAGUGACAUGCUUUGUAUCAAAAGGACAUGUACCAAUAUGUCCGUGCUGAACUACGACUGUAACAUAACAAAGUGCCAUAACAGAGGAGUGUGUAACAAUCGUAAGAACUGUCACUGCAGGUAUGGAUGGGCUCCUCCAGAUUGUGAGUGGGAAGGAUUUGGAGGUAGCAUUGACAGUGGACCUGCUCCAUCCGAGGAGAUUUUUCAGAGAGCAAAAAUAGGAGUAACAGUAUUUAGCUUUCUUUUUCUCUUUGUCCUUGGAGUUGCCCUUACCAUAUAUUAUAAACAGGAAAUAGGGGAAUGGCUUAGGAGGGAAAAAGUCUGA